AUGGGGGUGUUAACCAAAUUUCGUCCCAAGAAUGCUGCACCGGCAGGAAACACCAUUGUUGAGCUUGCCUCGUUUCUCCCAAAUGGAGCGAAACCGUGGUAUCUCACCAGGCACCUGAUCCUGCUGAACCUGAUACUUUGCGUGCCACUUCUCAGCUCUAGCGCUGUCGGCUAUGAUGCAUCCAUGAUGAAUGGCCUUCAGUCGCUUCCGCAAUGGAGGGAUUACUUUGGCCAACCGAGUCCCGCGAUUCUGGGUACAAUGAACGCAGUGUAUCCCAUCGGCAAGAUUCUCCUGCUCUUCCCCGUCUCCUGGCUCAGCGACAAGUACGGGCGUCGUGUACCGAUCUUGAUAGGACUCGUCUGUCUGGUAGCGUUCUCGGCACUUCAGGCUGCGUCGCAGAACAUAGCUAUGUUCGUCAUGUCGCGCUUUCUGCUCGGUGCAUCGACUAUCAUGAUCGCACAACCCUCCCCUAUCAUCAUCACAGAGUUGGCCUAUCCCACACAUCGCGGUAAAUUGACGGCGCUAUACAACUCUUCCUUCUACAUCGGCGCAAUCCUCGCCGCGUGGGGUACCUACGGGACCUUCAAGCUAGGGUCGACCUGGUCCUGGAGGAUUCCCUCGGCACUACAGGCUGGGAUGCCUCUAAUUCAAUCGUUAUUCGUUUGGGCUCUCCCCGAGUCCCCCAGGUGGCUCGUAUCCAAAGGUCGGAUCGAAGAGGCUCGAAAGAUCCUCGUAAAGCAUCAUGCUGGUGGCGACGAGUCUUCCGCUCUUGUUGAUUAUGAGAUGCAAGAAAUCACAGACUAUCUUCGUCACGAGGCGGCAGUGAAUGGCGAAACAUCCUACAAGGACAUGCUUCGCACUCCAGCCAACCGACAUCGGACUCUUAUUGCUGUUCUCCUUGGGUUUUAUUCCCAAUGGUCCGGUAUCGCUGUAGUUACUUACUAUCUUACCCUGGUUUUGGACACGAUUGGGAUCACAACGACCAAGGAACAGACAUUGAUCAACGGCAUUCUUCAGCUCUUUAAUUUCGCCGCCGCAGUCGGUGCAGGUGCGUUGAUGGUUGAUCGUUUGGGCCGCCGCACCCUCUUUUUGAUCUCCGCAUGUGGUCUGCUCUGCAGUUAUGUCUGUUGGACGGCGUUGACGGCUUCCUUUGUGCGCACUGGUAAUGAGGGCAUGGGCCAUGGUGUCUUGGGCUUUAUAUUCAUUGCCUAUUUCUUCUUCGACAUUGCCUGGACUCCCAUGCUUUACUCUUACACGGUCGAGAUCUUCCCCUUUCGAUUGCGAUCCCUGGGGCUGUCCACCGCCCUCAUGACAGCCAAUCUCUCCCUCAUCCUCGGUAUGUUUGCGAAUCCCAUAGCCCUCAAAGCCAUUGCCUGGAAGUACUACAUCUUGUUUUGCUGCUUACUGGGAAUUCUUGUUGUUCUGGUCUAUUUUCUAUUCCCGGAAACAAAGGGAUGCACGCUUGAGGAAAUCGCGUGUAUUUUUGAUGGGCCUCCCAAGAUAGUUGACGAUGCGACAGUGGAGGAGCAGGAAAUUGGGCAGGAAAUGAAUCACAAGGUUGAUAAGCCUACAGACGAAUAA